AUGGGUGCAAAGCUGGCAACAAGACUGCAUGUUGCCUCGUUCGGCAGGCUGAGCUCGGGCUACGAGUACGGUAAACUGUCGCCGAUGUCAUCGUACGCGACAUCCGAUCUAGGCUCAAGUCCUCGAUCGUCGAUCAGCGUCACGUCGGCUAAUUUAGCCCCUUGGAUGGUUUUUCGUGAAACUCAUAAGAGCAGCUUUGAUCUCGACGAUGGUGCAUCAGAUGUGUGCAGUAAGGACCUACUGUCACCAGGGAUGAUGCUCUCACCGGCUCCAUAUUCGCCGUUUUCAGACUGCGAAGAUACUGAGACACCUUACUCAGCGUAUGCUCGGUCGCCCAACUUAUCACCGAACCCUUUGACCAGAAGCUUCAAUCACUUCAGCUUCGAUCAAGUGCGAAGCAGUAGUUCGAUGUCCGGACGUCAUAACCUCAUGGUCCCGGAAUCGCAUACGUUGGAUUCGGAAUCACGUGCAACGAAGACCGAUCAGAUAGCGACAUGCCCACAAAGGUUAGGAAGUAUUUGGACACAUCGAUGCAGUCGCGAUCUCAGCUACGUACCAGCUGCCACAACACGACGGCUCUCCUCCACUGGGCAAUACAAGAAGAGAUUAUUGCAAAAGUACCAGGAGGAGCAGGAGGAACGACAAGCGUCCAAACAACGUAGCAGUAGUAGUCCACCGCCGAGCACCACCGAGUCCGAAAUUGAUGACUCCGAUCUGCGUAGCAUCAGCCGACUCACUUCACGGCAACCGACAAUUGAAGAACCUCCCCCAUCGCCUCCUCAUGAACUAACCAGAGAAAAUCCGCUUCGCGACCGCUACGCACCACUCUGGAAAAUGCCAUUGCGACAAGCACCUUGUGUGCGACAGGAUCAAAUACAAAUGUGGAUGGAACGCCAGAUUGUGGCCUUACAGGCUGUGAAUAUGUAUAACAAUGUAGUUGAACAAUGGCCUACUUCAGGUGCGAACUUUUUCCACAAUUCUGUGCCGAAUCCACAACUUCUCGCCCCUCCUACCGACAUCUACUCGCAGCUCCUUGCUUGA